AUGGGGUUUAUAGGGUAUGAAUAUGGGUUGGUAGGAUAUAGAAUGAGUGCUAACAGAGUCAGAUUGAACCGCAGCUCAAUUCGAGCCCAGGCUCUGGAGAAGUUGGCUGGUUACGCCGCCAAAUCGGACGAUACAGAAGCGAUUGAACGACUCUCAGGUGCUCUUGGCUCUCAUGAGUUGUCAAAUGACCAUUCAAAUCUGCCUAUGUCGGGCCAGGAAUUUGAAGGUUUGAUUGCACUUUCAAAGUCUGCUUCGGAGAUCAAGAACUGUGAACAGGCCGAGUUGUUAUUGAGACAGCUGGGCUCGUAUCUUCUCGAGGCUCCAAGCCAGAAGUACAGUAAUUCUCCUAUCGUGAGAAAAAUCGAACCUUCUCCGUGGCAAUUGGCGACUAAGUUGUUGACUAUUGCUGUCAUUGAUCUUGGAAAGGCUAUUGGCUACUCUGCUUCUGCCGAUGAGUUACUCAUCCAGUACAUUGAUAAAUUGGGGGGUCUGUGGUCAGUUAUCAAUGGAGACGUAUCUUCGUCAACCACUGCUACUGAGAACUAUGGCAGUUUAUUUGCGUUGGCAUUCUCGUUCCAGGGAUUCUUGGAAGGAUUGAUUAGUCGUAGUGGCCAGCUUUCGGCAUCAUUUGUUGAGACUGGCAUUCUUAAGAAGGUUGUGCCCUUUGUUGACAGCUCGUUCUUGCUCAAAGUUGAGACGGCUGUUUCGUCGGUCGCAGCUAAAGAAGACGGACUAGCUGUUCUUUCGUCACGCACGUCGCCCUUGUGGCUACGGAGUUUCUUUCUCUACAGCCAAACUGGUGAAAAUGUAAGCGCCAUGCUUGUCAACUGGUAUCUUAGCUCGCUGAUGGAAGAGAUUUCUAGGGCUAUCUUGAUCACUCAUUUAAAUGAGAGUUCAUCGACAACUGUUGGAAAGAAAUCAGAAGUGCUGGAUAUUUUGUUAGACCGUGCUGAGAAGAAUGCUUCUCCCAAAGACUUUCAGAAUACCAACGGAGUCAAUGGAAAUGGUGGCUCAUAUUCUAACUCAUCUGUUGGAUCUUUGGUCUUGGAUGACAGUAACAGAAGCAUCUUGUCAGAAAUCAGUAACUUUUCUGUUGCUCAAGUGCAGUCGCUUGAUGACGGCGCAGACUAUAUUGAACUUGCUUCUCCUGAAAAGGUGGCUCUGGCAUUUUCAGUCAAGUCACUAGCACUGCGUUCCAUUGGAGUUGCAAAUUACUUUGGUAUUAUUCCUGCUGCUAGAGUAUCCGACUUUUUGGAGUCUUCUAUUCAUUACGAGCGUCUGUUGUUGAACCACCCUCUUUAUACUGACAUUUACAAACUGGGUGCAUAUCUGUGCUACCAAUUGGAAUCUGUUGGUUCUUAUCUCUCUAACAGUCUACCUGACUUUAUAUCGAACCCUUCAAUGACAUCCGACGUUGCUUGGAACCUAGCUGAGACUCUCACCAAGGGUCUAAGACCGCUGUCUCAAGAUAAUGUUGUCAGCGUCAUUUAUACCUUGAUCAACCUCCUUACACCAGACUCUGAACUCUCCGCUUUUGGAACUCUUAAACGCUCUGGCACUUAUAGUACUCUUGCUCAAACAUCGUCUGAUGCCCGAGGAUCUACUAGUCAUGGCCAGGCUUCCGAUGGUUUGCAGACACUUUCUACAAGAAAUAUUAUAACUGCUGCUGUCGCUAUUGGUGCUACUUAUGGAGAUAGCCAGAUUGCCACCCUGACUUCCACUGUUCUCAGUCAGAAAUAUGCUACUGUUAACAGCUCUGUAGACUCCGAAGUCAUUCGAGGACUCGCUCUUCUGGCACCCCACGUCAAUGAAAAGGAGUUCAAGGUAAUUCUCCGAGCAUUUUCAACUGCCGAAAGCUUGGCAUUCCGUAACAACAAUUCUAACAUCGUGGAAGCCAUUUCUGAGUCGAGAAGUAGACUUGCCAAGUCUUUGACUCGAAAGCAUCCUCUCUUCGAAAAGUAUCUGGCUGAUCUUUUGGCCUCGAUUGUCAGCAAGGGUGACUCAACUGCUGAUGAGCACCAUCGCUCGCAUAGUGAGAUUUCUGCCACCGCCAAGGAGAUUGCAGCUUUAUUACCACCUCUUGCUACUUUAUUGCCCAAGUCACAUGAACCCGCCUAUGAAACAAAUAAUUGGGAAAUGAUUUCACUUUUCAGAAACGCCUGGUUUAACAUGGUUGUUCAUGGCUUUUCGAAAAAGUCUAGUUGGACGGCCCAGCACAAGUCUGAUUUAGAGAUCAUUGCCAGAAGUACACCUCCUUUAGUGUCUGAAGCAUCUUCGAAUAUGGUAGAAAGUGAACUUGAAUUGAACACUGUUCUCAGACGAGGCUCUUCUCACCACAAUGUCAACGAUCAGAAGGACACUAUGCAGAGUUUGUUCUCGCUGCAUACUUUUGAAGUCAGAUCCAUGUCGUAUCCCAAGUUGAUGUUUUUGUCGGCUGCAGUGCUUCUCGAGUCCAUCCGUGCCGAUACUGGUGAUUGUUCAAAGGUACUUCAUUAUUUCGGUGACCCUGAUUUUAGAUCCGGUGAUACUGGCAAAUACAUGUCUACUAUUGCUACUGAUAGUACAAAAAUUUACAUCACUAAUAUUAUCAAGGGUGGUAAAAUGGAGUUUACUGCUGACCAUGUUGCUGAGCAAUUGAAGAAGGUUUUGAUUCUCUGUUGUCAUCGAGUUUCUGCUGUUCAAAAUAAUGCGUUUGCUUCUGCUGAGCUCAUUAUUAGGUCUAUACCAUCUGCCCUUUGUAAGCCCCAGAGUUUAUUUGCCCUUUUAGAUUUGAUGACUUUGCUUUGGACGAGUUGCUUGGAUGCUGAGACUGAUGAGUACGAACCUAGAACAAGCUUUACUUCGCCUGGAACAAACAUCACUCUAGAAUUAUCUGAUUCCUAUGAACAUCGUCAGCAGAGUCUUCAGAGGUUAUUGAAGAGUGCACACCAGUGGAUAGAUAUUGUCCUCCCGUCUAUGAGCUUUGAUUUGAAGAGUUUGCUUACUAGUUAUCUUACGGAGAUGGGUGAUUAUAGACCGUUUAAUCAUGUUGCUCUUGGCUGUACCUUUGCUUUAGAAGUUGGUGGAACGAUUUCUCGCGGUGAUGGCGAACUUGUUACCAUUGCUAAAUUCGAUAGUCAAGGAGUUUUUACCGAUACUGCGUCUGGAUUCUUGUCGCAAUAUAUUUGGAGAACUGAGUAUAAGCCUAAGGGUCAAUACCUUUCUGCUAAAGAUAUUGAAGAAGUUCAGAGCUCUAUGGAGGGUCUUUUGUCAAGUCAACACCCUCAUGUAUCGUUAUCGGAGAUGCGUGAUCUUUUGUUUAAAGCUGCAACUAUUCUUCGUGGAACCAAGCCCAAUCCAUACAUUGCUCAACUUGCCGUUAAGAUCCCCUUCCGAUUCUUCACUGAAAAACAUAUUGAAAUGGGAAUUUCGCUUUGGCUCUGGAUUAUGAAUGAAGUGCCUUCUUUGAGAAUGCCCAUUAUUGCUCAAGUUGGGCAGGAGUGGGAGAAGACUGUCAAGGAAGGUAAGGGAUUGUUCAAUCGCAAGUAUGAUAUCACUCGUCCUGAUUUCUCUCGUAUGGAGUAUGCCCCAUCCAACAGAGCGGAAAUUGACCAUGAUGCCAACCUUGCGCAGAGAUCUCUUUCGGUUCAUAUGAUUCUUGUGAGAUUCCUGUCAAGUGUAUUCCAGGCCUCAACUUAUGAGAGUCGUCACCUUCUCCGUAUCUUCAGUCGACUGCUGACCGUUGGAUUGGCUGGCUUUUCAAAGGCGAGUCUUCAUCCUUUUGCAAGAUCCAUUAGAUUUGAGUUGACAAAAUUCGCCUUGGAAGUAUUGGACGUGCAUUCUAGAUUUUCAGCUAGAAUCUCUGAGCAUCUCAAGGAUCUCAUUAUCACUUCGGCUUUAACAUGGUUUUCGCAGCCCAUACAAUGGCCAUUUGGUGGUAAUAAGCUUAAAUUACGAGCUGAUAUUGUACUGCUCAAAGAUGUUACACUCAAGGUAGCAAAUCUUGCUGUACCAAAGUCUUUUGCCGCACUAUCCAAGAAGCGCAAAUUGCUUUUGAUGUUCUUGAAUGAUGAGCUUACUAAGAUGUCUGCUUGGUUGGAUCCACUGCAGGUUGGUACUAGCUUCAGAGAGAGUUUUGGAAAACAAGUGAUCAAGAAUGCUUCGAUUUCGGAUAGUGAUGUUUUUGAUGCUUGGAGUAUUGACCCUGUUUUGGCUGUCUAUCUUGUCGAAAGAUAUAAAGAGUCGUCAAAUGUCCUUGUCUUAGAGAAACUGGUUGGUGAAGACCCUGCCAAGGUUAUAUCAGUUCCUGAGGCUUUGAGCUACUUUUUGGGUAAGAGCCCUCUGUCUGCCGAUGUUAGAAGACACAUUUUAUACUGGACUCCCGUUAGUCCUAUUGAAUCUAUCAACCUCUUCCUACCUGCCAAGGGAGCUGAUUCAUACAUGCUCCAGUAUGCUAUGAGAUCCUUAGAAAGUCAUGAUGUGAAUUUGACGUUUUUCUACGUCCCUCAGAUUGUGCAAUCUCUGCGUUACGAUACUGGUGGCUAUAUCGAGGCUUAUAUUUUGGAGACUGCAAAGAUCAGUCAACUGUUUGCCCAUCAAAUCAUUUGGAACAUUCUUGCCAACUCCUACAAGGAUGAAGAUUCGGAAGUACCUGAUGAUAUGAAGCCUACAUUGGAUAGAGUGGUUCAGAAGAUGACUGAUUCAUUUAAUGCCGAAGAGAAGAGUUUUUACGAGAGGGAAUUCAAUUUCUUCAACGAGGUUACAUCCAUCUCUGGUAAGCUCAAGCCUUACAUCAAGAAGUCAAAAGCCGAGAAGAAGGCCAAGAUUGAUGAAGAAAUGGCUAAGAUUAAGCUUGAUGUUGGUGUAUAUCUACCUUCCAAUCCUGAUGGUGUGGUAGUUGCGAUUGACCGUAAGUCAGGACGACCUCUUCAGAGUCAUGCCAAAGCACCAUUCUUGGCCAAGUUCAAGAUCAAGAAAGAACUUGUCGAUCUAAACGAGGACAACUCAGAGGCUGAGUCAGACACAGCUAGCGAAGUGACAAGAAAGGAACCCAACUAUAUCGAAGUGUGGCAAGGUGCUAUUUUCAAGGUUGGUGAUGACUGUCGUCAAGACGUAUUGGCUCUUCAAAUUAUCAGUGUAUUUAGAACAAUCUUUAAGGCUUCUGGAUUGGAUUUGUACGUUUUCCCAUAUCGUGUCACUGCUACUGCUCCUGGAUGUGGUGUAAUUGAUGUUCUUCCCAACUCCAUUUCAAGAGAUAUGCUUGGUAGAGAGGCUGUUAAUGGAUUGUACGAGUACUUCACCAGUAAGCAUGGUGGUGAAGAUUCCAUUGAUUUCCAGAGAGCAAGAAACAACUUUGUCAAGAGUUUGGCCGCUUACUCUGUUAUCUCGUACUUGAUCCAAUUCAAGGACCGUCACAACGGAAAUCUUAUGUAUGACAGUGAUGGCCACAUUUUACAUAUUGAUUUUGGUUUCUGUUUCGAUAUUGUUCCAGGUGGUGUAAAGUUUGAGGCUGCUCCAUUUAAGCUGACUGCCGAAAUGAUGGCUGUCAUGGGAGGAAAUACAAACACUCAGGCUUAUAGAUGGUUUGAGGAAUUGACUAUCAAGGCAUUUUUGGCCUGUCGUCCAUAUGCCGAAACUAUUAUUCAGGUUGUACUUCCUAUGUUGGAUAGUGGAUUGCCGUGUUUCAAGGGCGAGGCUACUAUUAGAAGGCUUCGUGCUCGUUUCGCCUUGGAAAAGUCAGAACGUGAAGCUGCACUACAUUUCAAGCACUUGAUUAAGAAGAGUUUGGAGAGUAUGUACACUAAGGGUUACGACGAGUUCCAGAGAAUCACCAAUGGUAUUCCAUAUUAG